AUGUCGUCGACCACCACCACCACCAUCAAAGCCACUGCCAAAGGGGCGAAGAAGAGCAAAAUCAUCGUGUUACACAUCACCGCCGACAAACUCUCGCGCUUUCCCGCUACGCCCUCCAUCUCACGCUCCGCGUCCAUCAAAGCCGAGCCUUCGCCGUCAGUACAGCCGCCGGAGCCCGCAGACAAAUCAUCAGAAGCCAACUCCACCCCGAUACCACCUAAUGCGAAUGAUGACACGGACGGCAACUCGCUAGCACCGCCCGGGGCAGAGAAUAAAAAGAAGCGACCGGCGGGUAACGCGUCUGGCAAGAAGCGCGCACCCCCUGCCAUCGAUCCCGAUGCUCCUCCCAGGGAGAGGGCUAGACCGGGACCGAAGAAGAAGCCAAGGUUAGCGGACGGUAGCAUCGAUCGCACUAUAGACGGAAAGAAGGUCACCGUCGCCGGCCCCAACCCGGUGACAUCCCACAAACUCGGGCCGAAAGCCAACACCGGUGCCAUCAAUGCCGGACUGCGCGCCCUUGACCGCACAGGCAAGCCGUGUCGGAAAUGGGAACGCAAACCUCUCCAGCUCAAGUCCUUCACCGGCACCAUGUGGAACAUGUCCUCUUGGAACGCACCCGUUCGUGACGCUGGUUUCGCUGGUGAUGUCAAGAGUGACACUACUGCUUCGAGUGACGUGAAGCCAAACGGCAGCAGUGCGCUCCCCAGUGAAAGUGGACAGGGAGAUUUUGAGAUGACGAAUGGGAUUGAGAGCUCACCCGCGCCCGCGAUGGCGGCGGCUUCUUGA